AUGGAACUUGAGAGUGAGAAGGCGCUUGACAUACAAACAGAACAGAGCAAUGAGGGUAUGCCCCAUUGGGCAGUCUUUAUUCAAAGUUCCAACCCAAAGUACAACAAAGGAAAGCAAACCGCAAAGCCAACACUUGAGGCUGACCAGGACAGAAAGCCAACGCACUGGCCUUCAGGAUCUGUGAACUCUUCGCGUAUCCUGAGCACAUCACAUGCAGGAAUGACCUGGCUCCCAGUCGUCCCGAGCACCAGCUAA